AUGAUGGUCAGCCUGCGCAGGGCGGGCAGCUGCCCGGCAAACAUUUCCAGCCAAUGGGCAUCGAGCGCGCAGUUGACGACUUUCAAGGAGGAGAGGUUGGGGAAGGAUGCAGCUAGAUUGCCUCCCCGCCCCUCUGCUGCUGCCCCCUUUCCUCCCUCUGCUCCUGCUUGCACCUCUGCUGCCUCUGCCUCUCCACUCUUCCCUCACUGCCCCACCCCACCCGUCCGCCUCAUUCGCUCCCAUCGCCCCAUGCGCUCUUUCCACUUCGCCGGGCUCUUCCCCCACCCCUUCCCCCGCCGCACUCCCUCCGCCAGGCGCACUGCGCGCUUUCUUCGCCACAACAGACAGAGUCAGAUCUUCAAAACAAUCUCCUCCAAUCCGGGGCACUUCUCCGCCAGCUCAGCAAACCCGCCGCCACUCACGUUCGGACAGCUGCCGAUCGAAAGCUCCUUCAGCCCGCCGCACCGCGCCACGAACCCCAAAAACCGGUCCGUUAAUUACGAGACCCUGCUGUACCUCGGAUUCCACCUGCGUGCCGGCCACCUGUUGGAUCUGCAGGGGCGUGUUGAGAGUGAGGAUUCGCACUAUCGCUACUCUGUUCCGCUUCCCCCGACCUGCGCCCCGCCUCCCAUAAUCCCCGUUCCGCCUCCCCAACCCCCUGCUCCCACUCCCCCGCCUCCCCCCCAGCCCGUGCGCUUGUGGUGGCGGUCGUCCGCAGCGCGCUCCUCCCGCGGCGCCCCCGGCAGCACUGUGGGACCGAAGAGGCGGAUGUGCAGUGUGCGGAUGAGGGGGAAGCGGCGCAGCACGAAGCGGAGCUCCGUUGAGCCGACCUGCGGAAAUGUUGGGGGUAGGGGAGCGGAGGGGGGGACACGGGAAGAGGGCGGGGUGGGAGGGAGGGUGGGAAAAGAGGGGGGAGGUGAGGAGUGCAUGGGUCGAUUGGUAGAAGGUGGGUGCAUCCACCCCACCAUCGUAAACAACAACGGACACCAGCAGCAGCAGCAGCAGCAGCAGCAGCAGCAGCAGCAGCAGCAGCAGCAGCAGCAGCAGCAGCAGCAGCAGCAGCAGCAGCAGCAGCAGCAGUAG